AUGUUUGCUACUGACUAUGGGCCCUCAUUAUUAGCUGAGGCUCAAACAUGGUUUGUUGAUGGGAACUUUGGACUUGCACCAAAUUUUUUUACACAGUUAUAUGUAGUACGAGUACAAAAAGAUUCGGUAUUUAUUACUGCUAUUUAUUGUAUCUUAGAACGAAAAACGCAAUCAACCUAUAAACAUAUAUUUCGAGUUAUUAUGGAAGAGUGUAAAAAGCGUGAUUUAUACCCUGAUCCUUUAAAUUUUAAUUUAGAUUUCGAAUUAGCUGUCAUAAAUGCAGCGAAGUUAAUUUUUGGAAAUGACAUAAACAUUCGAGGAUGUUUUUACCACCUCUGUCAAUCAACUUACAGAAAAGUUCAAGAACUAGGUUUGUCAAACAGAUAUCAAGAAGAUGAAGGUUUUCGAUUGUUUUGUGCAAUGAUUGACAGUUAA